AUGGUCAGAAACGACGGCGACACAGAAAAAGGAGGCGCGUCUGGGUGGGACGGCGACAUCGAAAAGAGAGGCGCGUCUGGAAAGGAAGGCGACACCGAAAAGGGAGGCGCGUCUGGAAAGGACGGCGAUAUCGAAGAGGGAGGCGCGUCUGGAAAGGACGGCGAUAUCGAAGAAGGAGGCGCGUCUGGAAAGGAAGGCGACAUCGAAAAGGGAGGCGCGUCUGGAAAGGAAGGCGACACCGAAAAGGGAGGCGCGUCUGGAAAGGACGGCGACAUCGAAAAGGAAGGCGCGUCUGGAAAGGAAGGCGACACCGAAAAGGGAGGCGCGUCUGGAAAGGAAGGCGAUAUCGAAGAAGGAGGCGCGUCUGGAAAGGAAGGCGACACCGAAAAGGGAGGCGCGUCUGGAAAGGACGGCGAUAUCGAAGAGGGAGGCGCGUCUGGAAAGGAAGGCGACAUCGAAAAGGGAGGCGCGUCUGGAAAGGAAGGCGAUAUCGAAGAAGGAGGCGCGUCUGGAAAGGAAGGCGACAUCGAAAAGGGAAGGCGACAUCGAAAAGGGAGGCGCGUCUGGAAAGGAAGGCGACAUCGAAAAGGGAGGCGCGUCUGGAAAGGACGGCGACACCGAAAAGGGAAGCGCGUCUGGAAAGGACGGCGACAUCGAAAAGGGAGGCGCGUCUGGAAAGGAAGGCGACAUCGAAAAGGGAGGCGCGUCUGGGUAGGAAGGCGACACCGAAGAAGAAAGAUAAGCUGGGUAAUAAUUCAUAACGUCAGGAAUAGCUGGCAACUCUGGAGAGUAUUGGGAAAUGGGCGGGGAAGGGAAUUCUGCAGAAUACGGCGAAUCCGGAGAGGGUGGCAAGUUCACAAAGUCUGGGCACCAUCGCGGAAUAUCCCGAAGAAAACACGAAUCAAUAAAGCAAUAUUAAAAAUAACGCGAGACGGGAAAGGGUGGAAAAUCUGGAUAAGAUCACCAAAACGGCCAAUCUGGAGAUUAAGGCGUCAAUGGAGAGGGAUAGGGCGAGGGAAAUGGAAAUUAAAGCGAACCCGAAACCCUUGGGAAACGGAUUUUGAAGACCAAUCAGAAGAUUCUUCGACCCCAGAAACAGAAGAAGACAAAUUUCCUGGCGGGGACUUUGAAGAGGAAUCAGAAGAUUCUCCGAGCUCAGAAACAGAAGAAGUUUUAGAUGGAGAUGCUCAGAACUCAGAAGAAGACGAAGACGAAGACGAAGAACCUGCUGAUUCAGAGGGGGAAUCAAAAGAUUCUCCGAGCUCAGAAGAAGAGGACGAAAACGAAGAAAGCGAAGAACCUACUGAAGGUGGGUCUCAAGAAGAUUCAGAAGAUGCAGAAGAAGAAGAAGACGAACCUAGUGAGGAUGAUUCGGAAGAGGAAUCAAAAGAUUCUCCGAGCUCAGAAACUGAAGAAGGAGACGAACAUCCUGAAGAUGAUACUGAGGAGAAAUCGGAUUCUAUGGACUCGGACACAGAAGGAGAGGAACCAACUGACGACGAUGCUAAGGAAAAAUCAGACUCGGAUGCAGAAGGGGACAAACCUAAUGAUGACUCUAAAGAGAAAUGAGAAGAAUCUUUGGACUCAAAAACUGAAGAAUAACAAUAAAGAUAGCAAUAAUAGUAAUAGUCUUUAACUCCUACUUAAAAAUCAUCUGAUUAUGUUUAAAAUAAAUUAUUUGUGAAAUCCUUGGAA